GUAUCCUCCAGCGUCACUCCCUCCAAUCUCGGCUCGCUGCCUCAUUGUGCCGGAUCCACCCACCGGCGGAAUUGUAUUGGAAAGGGUUUGACAGAUUUACCACCACCAUCACCAAUGGACGGCUCAGAACCAUAUCGGGAGCCCCGGAAGCGGACUCGCAUUGUCCAGGCCUGCGAGCAAUGCCGCGCCAGAAAAGUCAAGUGCAACGGAGAGCAUCCCUGCCUUGCCUGCUGGCAGCACAAUCAAUCGUGCAGGUACCAAGAAGCCCCGCGCACCAGAGGGCGUUCCUCCAAAAGGCUGAAACCGAAGGCGCCCACUCCGCUCUCUCCUGGGAAUCCGACUUCUACCUCGUCCUCUCUUCGCGGGAAUGGCAUUGGCGACCGGAAAGUGGCGUCAACGUGUACCAGCAGCGAUCGAGGACCGGCUCGCUAUAGCCCGGAGGAAUAUCGUCAGCAACUGGAGCUCCGAGCGGGGAUCGCGGUGUCUAAUCGCCAAACGGGAUCCUUCCAGUUCUACGGACCCUCGUCGCAUUUCUGCUUGAUCCAGCGCAUCUACCAGCGCAUGAAGCGGCAGUCGCAUGGAAGACUCCUGGACGCGCCCAAGGCCACAGAUGCGACCGGUAUGGGGGAAUCGGGCUUGGAGCGGUUCAUGUUCGCCGCAGGGUCGGCGGCUCUUCGCCCUUUGGGCAGCUCAGUGGACUCGUUCCUGUCGAAGGACAUGGGAUAUCAGUUCAUCGCGGCCUAUUUUACCGUCAUUCAUCCCCACAUGCCUGUUCUGGACCAAGGGAUCAUUACCCAGUUGUGGGAUCAGCUGUGGGAUGCCCCAGCUCCGGGGCGCGAGAUGAAGUCGAAGGAUCUGGUCUACAUGACGCUGGCCCUGGGCGCUCGAACCAUGGCGCGCGAGGACACCAAUCGUGCACAGAUGCUCGAUAACUGGGCGGACCACUUCUGGGCCCAAUCCAAUGACUACAGCAUGUUGUUCCUGGAACCUUCCCUGAAAGGUAUCCAUCUACUACUUCUGAAGGCCAUGUAUGCUUUCCACGGGAUGAGGCCCAACGACGCCUAUCUCUUCCUGGGGCAUGCGGCGCGGAGUGUGCUCGCACUGGGUCUCAAUCGCAGUCAGGUCGCGAAUGGCCCCGGCGCCAUCACGCAUAAGCUCCGGGUUACGUUCUGGUCCGUAUACUACUACGAGCGGCUGUGUGCGUUUUUUACCGGUCGUCCAUCGGGCUUCUUGGACAUACACAUCGACGUGUCACUUCCGGAAGACACCACCCACAGUAGCCGCACUACGCUCCUCGACGCAACUAGGGGCGACACCGAUGGCCCGUCGACAGAAUGCGCUUUCCUGAGGGCGAUGGUGGGGAUCGGGCAAUUAAUCGAGAAGGUGUCCAGCGAACUGUUCUCCUUGGCCAACGUCCAGACACUCUACAGCCAACGGAAGGUGGACACUGCCAUCCUCGAGUGUGAUGCCUCCCUACAGAAAAUUCAGCGGACGCUGCCUCCGUACCUGCACUUCUUCACCCGAGACCGGCCCCGGAGCGAGCUGUGGCGGGAGAUCCAGUGCGCACAUUUGGGCCUAGCCUUCCACCUGAUCAAGAUGAUGAUCCGGAGACCGGCCCUGGUGCAUUGCACAGUCGCCCAGGCCCAGGGUCAGAGCCUCGCGGAAUCGCAGACGUUGGAGGACCUCCAGCCCUCGAUCGACCUAUCGAUUCAAUCGGCCAAAGAGAUCAUUGACAUCGCCCACAGCGCGAUCAUGGAUCGGGCGACGUGUAUGCGCAACGAUGUAUCGGUGGCCAAUUAUAUUGUGUCGGCGUGCGUAACACUUCUCUAUCACGUCCUGGACCCGCUCACGGUCGAGCAUGCGAAAAACAUCUUCAGCUCGGUGGAGCGCGGGAUCCACUGCCUCGAUCAGAUGGAGCAUCACGGGCCCAUGACGGAGAAGGCGCUCAGCAUGGAUAUCAUGAAGUGUGCGAAAGAUGCCCUGCUGCUCUCCACGAUCGAGAAAAGCCUGGAGGAAGAGAUGACGGACAAUUUCCCCUGGUUGAAGUAGUGAGAUCUAUCUGCCCGCCAAGCCGGGAGAGGUUUUGGAUCCCAUCGACGAACCGAUUGGCUAUGUGCCCGAGGUCAUCCCCGA